CCAUCUCCAGUCCAUCAAUCUCCUUCCUCCAACCCACACCCGAUCAACUAGUAGAGGCAGAGCAGACAGAGGAUUCGAGAGCGUACGGUGUCAGGUCAAGAAUGGCGGCGUCAGGGAGCGCUCAGAGCCGACGCUUCGCUGUAGCGUGCGGCGUCCUCAGCCGCUGCAUCAAGGCGGCCGAGGCGCGGCCGGUGGUCCUCCCCCUCAUGCCCGGAGCCGAAGUGCCCGCUGAAGACGAGCGCGCGGCGGGUCCUGCGCCGGCGAGCGCGCACAUGACCAUCUUCUACGGCGGCCAGGUGCUGUUGCUCGACGAGGUCCCGGACGACAGGGCGGCCGAGCUGCUCCGUGUCGCUGCCGCAGCAGGCAGCGCGCGAGGGGACGGCGACCUGCCCAUGGCGAGGAAGGCGUCACUGCAGCGGUUCAUGGAGAAGCGCAAGGGGAGGCUCGCCGCGCGCGCCGUCCCCUACAGCCGGCCCGACGGCGACACGGCCUCCUGUAAUCGUCUCACGCUUACCCUCUGAUUCGUGUUCAUGCGUAGUAGAGUAGCCUGAGUAAUUUACGGUCCACGCAAAUGUGUGGCUGCUGUUGGAGUCCAAAUUGUUGACACACUCGCUUGUCCCCGUCGCUCUGAUUUAUUAUGAUCAGAAAUUAUUGCUGUUGUUCUUCUGAUGAA